AUGGAAUCUGGGAGAAGGGGAUGGAAUCUGGGAGGAGGGGAUGGAAUCUGGGAGAAGGGGAUUGAAUCUGAGAGGGCGCGAUGGAAUCUAGGAGAAGGGGAUGGAAUCGGGGAGAAGGGGAUGGAAUCAGGGAGAAGGCGAUGGAAUGUGGGAGAAGGGGAUGGAAUGUGGGAGAAGGGGAUGGAAUCGGGGAGAAGGGGAUGGAAUCAGGGAGAAGGCGAUGGAAUGGGAUGGAAUCUGGGAGAAGGGGAUGGAAUCUGGGAGAAGGGGAUGGAAUCUGGGAGAAGGGGAUGGAAUCUAAGAGAAGGGGAUGGAAUCUGGGAGAAGGGAAUGGAAUCUGGGAGAAGGGGAUGGAAUCUGGGAGAAGGGGAUGGAAUAAGGGAGAAGGGGAUGGAAACUAGGAGAAGGGGAUCGAAUCUGGGAGAAGGGAAUGGAAUCUGGGAGAAGGGGAUGGAAUCUGGGAGAAGGGGAUGGAAUCUGGGAGAAGGGGAUGGAAUUAGGGAGAAGGGGAUGGAAGCUGGGAGAAGGGGAUGGAAUCUGGGAGAAGAGGAUGGAAUCUGGGAGAAGGGGAUGGAAUCUGGGAGAAGGGGAUGGAAUCUGGGAGAAGGGGCUGGAAUCUGGGAGAAGGGGAUGGAAUCUGGGAGAAGGGGAUGGAAUCUGGGAGAAGGGGAUGGAAUCUGGGAGAAGGGGAUGGAAUCUGGGAGAAGGGGAUGGAAUCUGGGAGAAGGGGAUGGAAUCAGGGAGAAGGGGAUGGAAUAUGGGAGAAGGGGAUGGAAUCUGGGAGAAGGGGAUGGAAUCGGAGAGAAGGGGAUGGAAUAUAGGAGAAGGGGAUGGAAUCUGGGAGAAGGGGAUGGAAUCUGGGAGAAGGAGAUGCAAUUAGGGAGAAGAGGAUGGAAUCUGGGAGAAGGGGAUGGAAUCGGGGAGAAGGGGAUGGAAUCAGGGAGAAGGGGAUGGAAUAUGGGAGAAGGGGAUGGAAUCUGGGAGAAGGGGAUAGAAUCAGGGAGAAGGAGAUGGAAUGAGGGAGAAGAGGAUGGAAUCUGGGAGAAGGGGAUGGAAUCUGGAAGAAGGGGAUGGAAUCUGGGAGAAGGGAAUGGAAUAUGGGAGAAGGGGAUGGAAUCUGGGAGAAGGGGAUGGAAUCUGGGAGAAGGGGAUGGAAUUAGGGAGAAGGGGAUGGAAGCUGGGAGAAGGGGAUGGAAUCUGGGAGAAGGGGAUGGAAUCUGGGAGAAGGGGAUGGAAUCUGGGAGAAGGGGAUGGAAUCUGGGAGAAGGGGCUGGAAUCUGGGAGAAGGGGAUGGAAUCGGGGAGAAGGGGAUGGAAUCUGGGAGAAGGGGAUGGAAUCUGGGAGAAGGGGAUGGAAUCUGGGAGAAGGGGAUGGAAUCUGGGAGAAGGGGAUGGAAUCAGGGAGAAGGGGAUGGAAAAUGGGAGAAGGGGAUGGAAUCUGGGAGAAGGGGAUGGAAUCGGAGAGAAGGGGAUGGAAUAUGGGAGAAGGGGAUGGAAUCUGGGAGAAGGGGAUGGAACCUGGGAGAAGGAGAUGGAAUGA